AUGGGCUUGAUAAGCGGUUCAGGGGGCGCUCUGCAGCCCGGGUCGGGCCGGCUGCGCCAGACUGCUGUGCGCAGGCUGCGCUUUGGCACCACCGCCGAGGUCCACGCUGCUGUGUCGAUGCCCACGGCGCCCAGCUCGAACAGCGCCCCGGACGCCAACGGCGCAGCUGUCGCCGGUGGCGCGGUGCUGCCUGGGCGCGUGCCCGGUCGCGCGGUACUGGAGGUGCCUGGCUGGCAGGACUCGCGGCCCGCACGCGCAGCGGCGCCGCACCUGGCGCACCCCGUGCGCAGCCGCCUGCGGCUGUUCUCGGGCACCAGCAACCCCGCUCUGGCGGGGGAGGUGGCGUCAUACCUGGGCAUGGAUCUGGGCAAGAUCAAGAUCAAGCGCUUUGCGGACGGAGAGAUCUACGUCCAGCUUGGCGAGAGCAUCCGCGGCGCUGACGUGUUCCUAGUGCAGCCGACCAGCCCCCCCGUCAACGACCACUUCAUGGAGCUGGCCGUGAUGAUCGACGCCUGCCGCCGCGCGUCUGCGCGCUCCAUCACGGCGGUGGUCCCCUACUACGGCUACGCGCGCGCGGACCGCAAGACGCAGGGCCGCGAGUCCAUCGCCGCCAAGCUGACGGCCAACCUGAUAACGGAGGCGG